AUGUUGCGGGUCCUAAAUCACCUUACCUGGAAAACAUUUGCUGAAUUUAUGCAUCUCUCUACUGUUCGUGCUCCUUGUUUUGCUGCUGUCUUCAAGGAGGUGGAUGAGCCUUUGCAUCUUGCCAUGUCUGAAUUAAGCUUAAGCAAGGAAUUUCUCCAAGGCCGUUCUGAUGCCACAGAAGAACCCUACGGAGUUAGAUACGAGAUUAUGGAAGUACCUGUUGCUCUGCCUUUCCAAAAGCCUCAGGAUGCCAAGUCAAAUCCCAAGCAAGGAAUUGGUGUCAUGUCAUGGAGCUGGAGCAACGACAGUCGAUAUAUCUAUACCCGAAACGACAGCAUGCCGGCAGCACUCUGGAUAUGGGACAUCCAUCAUCUCGAGCUAGCUGCCAUCUUGGUGCAGAAGGACCCCAUAAGAGCAGCAGCAUGGGACCCAACAACAUGCAGCCGUCUGGUUCUCUGCACAGGUAGCUCUCACUUUUGCCUUGUGCUCAAGGACAAAGACUCGUUCUGCUGUGCUGCAAUGCCUUUGUUGCCGGAGUCCAGCGAAUAUAGCUCUGAUGAAUGA